AUCUUAUUUCAUAAUUUUCUUUCCUUUUUUUUAAAAAGAACGUUCGUAUUGUUGAAAAAAUCAAUAACGUUUGACCUCAAAAACCCUUGAUUGUGAAGAAUCAUUAAAUGGCCAUUACCUGUUACAGAGAACCUUUCUUUGGUUUUACGGGUCUACUAACAGCCAAGCUAUGAGUCGAUAGACCAAUUGGGAAGUUCAAGGUUCUACGCGCAAACCCCAAACCAAAACCACGCGCAUUCUCCCUCUUCAAUUCUCACUCUCCUUCUUUCGAAUCCUCUCUACUCUUUAUAUCUAUAUCGUUUUCACAUUUCUGAACCGACCCGAUCCAGAGUUUCCGUUACAGUACUGAAGAAAGAAGAAGAAGAAAGUGGCCAUGGCGUCUCAGGAGCACAUCGAAAAGAUGCAAGCGCGGCAAAAUUAUCGGAAUCUAUGGCACACCGAUCUCAUGAGAACAAUUCAGGCUGAUACUCCUUAUUGUUGCUUUGCGUUGUGGUGUGCACCAUGCGUGUCAUACCUGCUUCGCAAACGAGCUCUUUAUGAUGAUAUGUCAAGAUACACGUGUUGUGCUGGUUACAUGCCCUGCAGUGGUAGGUGUGGUGAAAGUAAAUGUCCUGAAUUUUGCCUUUGCACUGAGGUUUUCCUCUGCUUUGGAAAUUCGGUGGCCUCAACUCGCUUUCUAUUGCAAGACGAAUUUAACAUUCAAACUACGCAAUGUGAUAAUUGCAUUAUUGGUUUCAUGUUUUGCCUUCAACAAAUUGCAUGCAUAUUCUCAAUUGUUGCCUUAAUUGUGGGAAGCGACGAAAUUCAAGAGGCUUCUCAGUUGCUAUCAUGCUUGGCUGACUUCGUGUACUGCACGGUGUGCGCAUGCAUGCAGACGCAGCACAAGAUUGAGAUGGACAAGCGUGAUGGGAAGUUUGGACCCCAGCCGGUAAUGGCAGUGCCACCUGUUCAGCAGAUGUCACGCAUCGAUCAGCCAGUUCCUCCUUCUGUUGGGUAUGCGCCACAACCAGCCGGGUAUGCACCACAACCAGCAUAUGGACAGCCCUAUGGUGGUUACCCACCUGCUCCACCACCUUCUCAAGGAUAUCCUGCUCCUGGAUAUCCCCCUGCUGGCUAUCCUCCACCAGGAUAUCCCCCUUCUGGUUACGCUAGGUGAUUAUUAACUUAGCAUGCCUUCUCAGUAAUCGGUGUUUUCUUCAAGUUCGCACAAUUGGAGCUUUGUCAAGCUAUGUCAUGCGUGUGUGGUGAAAUGCAGUAGUUCCAUCAACUAAUUAUUUUGCAUUUGCCCCAUAAGUUUUGAUUUCUGACUUGAGAUUAUAAUGCCUAUCGUGUUGUCCAUUCUGAUACUUCGACUUCUGUAUAUCGAUCUCAUCGGUGUUUAUACAUAGUUCUCUCUUGUUUCGUUCGUUAUGUGCAAUUCCUGGUGUAAUGUACUGUUGCAAAUAUUGAUAAAAC